GAGUGUGGAAACACAGAACCGCCAGUUGUCAAACGUACGUAUCGAACGCCCUCGGUUGGCUCGCAGUGAUUCACUGGUUGACCGUACUGUAAAAUUACCGAGUAUUGUUGUGAUUGCGUCGGCAUCGGCUUCGUGUAUGAACUGUGUAUAAAAAUGAAUACAGUGUCGUGUUUAGUGAUUAAAUAACAAUGCCAUUUGUAAUGUACCUUAGUGUUGUGCUGUGAAAUAGUUGUUUGGUGCUGUUUAAGAUGACCGAGAAAAAUAAAUCGGAAAAGAUGACUAAUGCAUCGAAACCUGUUCCCAUGAAACUUUUUGCGGCCUGGGAAGUGGACAGGACUCCCUCCAACUGCAUUCCCAGGUUAUGCACACUCCGGAUAACUCGGCUCCGCGUGUGCGGCGCCCUGGGCGAGGCGGGCGGCGGCGCGGCCGGCGGCGCGGGCGCAGGCGCCGUCAUCCUAGCGGCGCGCAUGCACAGCUCCAAGCGAACGCUGCGGUCUAAUGACAUCGCUGUCCCACCCCUCGAUGUCGAACUAGACCUCUGCUUUUCGCUACAGUACCCGCACUUUGUUAAAAGGGAUGGUAACAGAUUACAAAUCAUGCUACAGCGGCGAAAGAAAUACAAGAACCGCACCAUCCUGGGGUACAAGACACUGGCUGAGGGCGUCAUCAGAAUGGACCAGGUGCUUCAACGCUCAAUGGACAUGGAGUUGGAGCUAACAGGUGUGGGCGGGAAGGUCGGGGCUGCGGCCGGCCAGCCCGUCGCCAAGCUCACCAUCACAGGCCUGGCCUCGACACCAGUCGACCACGACACUAAAAACAACAAUACUUUACUCAUUACUGAACGCGGCUACUCAGACGAGGAAGAAGAAGGUGAAUUCAGUUCUGUGGAGGAAGCUGACGACAUGACGUACGGUGCGCCCGCCAGGCGGCGCGCGCAUCGCCAGCUCGCCUUCAACAAGACAGACCUCUCUUAUACCAAGUUGUCCCGUUCUCGCGACUUGAGCUUCAUGGAGCGCGAGCGAAAGAGACAGAGCUAUAUACACUCUAAGGCGAACGACAGGGACAGCGACAGUGAGCUAGAAAACGCGGCCGCAAAGCGCAAGGGCAGCCGCGGGAAGCUUGCGCAACGCAACUUGAAGCAGAAGUUCGCAGCGCUGUUGCGGAGGUUCCGAGUGCCUGAAGAGAUGUCGGAGCGCGGCGCGGCGCGAGACACGCAUCACGCGCAGCACGAUAUCGAUGAAUUGUUCCAGGAAUUAGAGUCUUUAUCAUGCGGCGAAGGUGAAGAUUCAGGGCCAGACCAGAUGGAUACCAUCAGCAUUGGGUCCACCCCCAAGCCCUCGCUCAGGCCGUUCUUCAGCAGCUCCCGAAGCCUCGCCAACCAGGACCACCACAGGCAUUCCAACGGCGGCGCAUGCGCGGUGGUCCGGCACGCGAGCGUGGCCAGCGGCGCCGAGCUCAGCGCGCUGCGGGAGCGACACGUCAGCACGCUGCCGCUCACAGAAUCCGAAGUGAUCCGAAGUUCGGCGGGUGACGAGAGAGCAAGCGACGGCAACAGCGAUGGCGACGCGACUAUCGAUGCGCCCGUGUCCGGCGCCUCUGUAUCUAGCUCGCCACCUAAUGAGACCAAGGACGACAAGCGGUCCCGGCUGUUCCGCAGCGCGACGAGCGGCAGUAACCUGACUCCCGGCGGCGGCGUCACGCGCAAGAAGAACUCGCUCGUGGUCGGCGCCGACCGGCCGCUGUCCGUGCACGAGCUGCCCGCGCAGAGCCCCACCACGCUAGAGUCUCGACGCACAUGGGCGGAGCAGGUAUCGCGCCUGCUGGGCGAGGAGGCCGUGGGCCCCGAGUGCGUGGGCGUGUGCGCGGGCGGCGCGGGCGGCGCGGGCGCGGCCGCGGCGGCGCUGCACGCGCUGGGCGCGCCCGCGCUGCUGGCGCCCUCUGCCGCGCCGGACCCCAGGCCGCUGCUGCAUGCGCUGUACUCCAGAGCUAAGCAGAGUUCCCGUCGCUCCAACAUCCGCGUGGCGAUCUGCGGCGGAGACGCUGCCGCCAGCGCCGCGCUGCGGGCUCACGCGGAACUAGCCGCGCGACGACCACACGACGCGCCUUCCGUGCGGUUCUACAUCAUACCUAUUGGUCCCAGCGUAAUAGCGCGGCACCUAUCAGCGUCGGACGGCGCGUACGCCUCGUUGUUCACGAGUGACUCGUGGGCGAACAUCUGCGAGCGCGCCGCCGACGGAUCCGUGCCCGAUGCCUCCGAGAUGACGUCACGGAUCGGCAGGUAUUUAAACAGCAUCGGUCCCGUGAACAACGUGCCGAUCGGCGAAGCCAUGGUCGCGUACAGAGACAAGGCCGGCGACGAGGAUUCUAGUCAGACGUUUGUGCCCUUCAUAGCGGAGGUGCGUGUAGGCUGCAGCGAGGGCGGCGUGUCAUCAGUAGAGCUGGACGAGGGCGGGUCCCCUCCCGCGCGGGCCUCGCCCCCGGCCACGCCCGCGCCGCACGCGCUUUCGGGCAUGCACGUGCCCGACCUGUCCGCCGCGCCGCUGCCGCUGCUGGCACGCACCGAGCCACUAGAACUGCAGCUCGAUUACUGGCUGGUACCAGGCCGGCAGACAGACGGCACGGACAGCAAGGUGACGGUGAAGGCGUCGUUCCGCGCGUUACACGUCACGCGACAGAACGCGCAUCUGUGUAUCACUUACCUCACUAAGGAGAAGAAGCAAAAGAUAAUGCGGUUAGGCAAAAAGAAAGAGAAGACAGGUGAAGCUGAAGUCGGUCGCGCGCAGACUGUGGAUGGGGUCGCGCGACUUAUAUGCUCCGCAAAGAGUUCGCACAACGUGCCGCUCAAAGUAUACAUUGACGGCACAGAACUGAACGGCGUGAAGUUCUUCCAGCUGUCGACGCAGUGGCAGACGCACGUCAAGACGUUCCCGGUGGCCACCUGCGGCGCGCCGCUGGCCCCGCCCGAGACCUAACCCGGCCCCGCCCCCUCCCGCUGGCCACGCCCACUCUAGUUCGUGUCCCCUCGGCUCUCUCCGGCUCCGCUCGGGAUCGCGACGCUUUGCUACGAAACGAGGCUCUAAUGUUCGUCGCCACGACGAAUUGUAAAACGUUAUUUUAAAUUAUUACGCUGUCGAGCUGCCAUGAUUAUAGCGUGCGCUUUUGUUAUGUACCUUGGAUUCGUUUCGCGUAUCAAUUUGUAAAUGUAUUCCUGUAGCGUAGUGGCCAUAUAAUCGCAUGCUGUAUGGUUUGUGUUGUUCAAGCUACAUAAUGAAGGCUCAAACGCGUUAACUAUAUCGUCAUAGUCAUUCAUUAAUUAGUUAUCGUAUUUAAUAUAUAAUGUAGUUGUUAUCUGUGUACUCAGUAUAUAUCGAGAAAUAAUGGUUCGUGACAUUUCCAAUACGUGUAUGUUAAUUAGGUUAGCGGUGAAUGUAGUGUUCGCCGAAGGUGUGCGUGUUGCGGUAAGCUUUGCCGAGUUUGUAUGAAAUUUUACCGAAUCUAAGCUUGCAUGUUCGUCUAAACGUCGCCGAAGCCUGUCGUUGACUAAUUGUCUUGCACCGGGAUCGGCGAAUCUUGUAGUAUGAGCUAUGGUCGGGAAGUUUGUAUUUGUGAGUGUAGUAACAUGUUAUUCGAACGAGUAUCGUCGGCACAUAUCAGUAUAGGUUCGGUUCGAGUGUUGCGCGCGAUUUUAUUUUUGAUCUGUGAUUCGUGAAUGCAGUUUUUUUAAUAUCGUAAGGCAAUGGAAACGCGUUGUUGCAGUCAUAUUUUUGUGUAAUUUUUAUAUAAGUGCAGCUAAUAGUGCGGUGUUUAUAAUUUUGUACGUCGUAGAUGUUUUCAAUGAAAUGUAGAUUUUACAUAAACGAUUAAAUGUUUUUAAUUUUAAAAGAUAUUAUAGAGAUUAUAACUAAUAUCUUCCUUAUAAAUAACCUUGCAUCCUUAUAAGUCUUCGAUUCUUACUUUGUGACCAAGCCAAAAUUUUUGAUAGUUUAGUCCUGUAUUGAAAUUCGAAAUUAAUUCCGAGCCAAUUUGGGAAGUUAUUUUCUAUUUCGGCUAGUUUAAUUUUGUAGCGGUAAUCAGUAGAGGGCGUUAGUAGUACACCCUGCAGGCCAACGACUGUCUCAUGAUAUCAUAGGGUUAUAAACUAUAUUCUCAAAUUUUACAUAUACUAUGUGUAAUACUUAGAUAUAGCUAUGUGUGUAAUUCAGGUAAUGCGUGUGUGGAAGUAUGUCGGUGUGAGCAGAGUAUGGUGCAGUCUCGCAUUGGAAUUUCGACUUUAGUAUUAGAGCUUACGGUAUGUUUUUCAGUGCGAGAUUUCGCCAUAGAAUUGGAGAUUGUAUGAGUGACUGAGGUUUGGCACAUCUCGAUAUUCUGUUGUUGUUUAUCGAUUUUAAUGAAAUUUGUAAUCGAAUAAAAAAUGUGUACCUGCAACUAUCGAGAUGUAGUCAUUAUACAGUAAUAUAGGACUUUCGAUAAUUUUGGUCUUAGAAUAAUUAUUAAAAAAUAUAUUCCUCAAUCAUUAAAAAUAUAUUAAUCAAUUUUUAUCUAAGAAAUAACACGUUGUGUGCAUACACACAAAAAUAACAAACAAUGUGUACGAAAUUGGCUAGUAAACGAUAGUUGCCAAUUAAAAACACUAAAAAACGAAUUAAAAUUGCCAAAUUAAAUAAAUAAUAAUUUGGUUUAAAACUGAGGUAUCAUAAAAUGGUCUAAGACCAAUAAUAUUGGGAGGACUAUAUCAUUGUUACAAAGGGACAUACCCCACAAAUAAUUGGACAAUAGUUCGCGUAUUAAUAAAUGUACGCUUUUUCAGAGUAAUAACACUUUAUUAAAUGUACGCUCCUAGCAUAAGACGUGUUAUUAUAGCAUUAGGCCUGUUUACCGUUUUAAAUCUAACAGUAUGUCAUAUUCAAUAAUAAGUGGCUUGUACUGACAUGUUCUGUGUUGCCCUAUCAAAAAAAUACUGCAUUUUAAGGCACAACUAUUAAGUGGUGCGUCUAUGAACACAACUGUUGGGAGGUGAAUGAAAUUCAAAGAGGUUAUAAUGCUUGAGGUGAUAAAUUCAUCCUUAAUCAGAAAAUAUUAUAUUUCAAACAGAACGUAGGUAAGUCACCUACCCCGACUAGGCACUAUAUCUUACAAUGCUAGCGACUUGUCCAGUAGUAAUAAAAUAAACGGUUACAGAAAAUCUUUGAUAAGUAAAGCUAUCAUCAUUUAAAUGAUAUUGAUAACGAAUAAUAAAGAGCACAAGGAAAACAACCGUCUAGAACAUUACCCCCCUUCUAUGCAGUUGGGUAAAAAGGGUGACUAGUGGAAAAAAAACAAAAUUUUACCCAAGACAAAUUAUAAACUGAAUUAAUGAAUGUUUCAUCUACAUAAUUUCAACACAGACUAUGUUAGGACAAGUCAACAGUGUAAAAUAACGUCAAUAACAGUUAUAACGGAUACACAGCAAUCUAACUUGGUUUAAUUUUACUAAACUACUCUCUAAUACUCAACUAUCUCUUACUCAGCUAAGCACUUCAGUGGAUUUUGUCUCUCAAAAUAGAUAACUAUGAUUUUAACAUACGAUGUUGCCUUUUGUCAAGUCACUGUUACUAGAAAUAAUUGGGUGUUCAACAGCCUGGCACCUAACAAACACUUGGCAACUAAAUGUGUAGUUAACUAGCUUUAGCCUGUGGCUUCGCCCGCGUAAUUGAUGGUUAUUGUGGCAAACAGACGUGGAUUUCUCGUUCUGAAGUGUAAGCUAUCCCUAUCCCAGAUUGAAGUCGGUCCAGCAGUUUCCUAAAACAGUUCUAGAUACUAGAUAGCCCAGCAGAAUUAACUUUACAUUGAUAAUAUAAGCAUGGACUUGACUUUUCUGCAUGAAUAAGUUAUAUUUGAGAGACAUAAUAUAUCUGUCUAGUGAAGUGUACCUCUGUACAGGCAUUAUAGUUUUAACGUUAAAUAAAUAUACUACGUAGUUCCUCUUCGUCACGAUCGUAAUUGCUUAUGUAAAUUAGAGCUAAAUACAAUUUCAAUACGAGUUAUAUUGCUGUGUACCCACACGCUUGUAUGUUGUAAUAUUUUAAAGUAAAUAAUGAGCAUCUUGUUCAAAUUAUUAUUCUCGGGUCUAGUUAUAAUAUGGGGGAUUACUGCAACAUCUUAGAGUGAUUGUUAGGCAUGUGGAAGCAAGACAGCGCGCUACAUGAACGUAGAGCGCCGUCCCGUUUUCACAACUGCAAUAAUUACUUGUAAGAUUGGUAUUCCCUAUGAUCCUUAUUUUGAAUAUUCCAUCAAAUGAGCGGUACAGACUAUACAUACCUAGUUAGACAUUUUCAUAUUUAUCCAUAAUAAAAUAUAAUAAUAUAAAUAUUAGAAUCUGUACACUGAUUUGUCUAUCAAUAGAUUUUUUUUUAUUUUAUAAGGAGACUUCAUGGUGAAAUAUUAGUUUUACUAUAUUUAUAUUAAUGUACUGUAAACUUCAUAAUAUACCUACCAAAGUAUUUUGAAACCCGUUGUAGGUCUUAUGAAGUAUCAAAACCAAUUCAGUUGUGAAAGUGAUGCGCCCUAUCUAUACUCCAUUUGUUAAGGUACUUAAAAAAGUUUAACAAUCUUGGUCUAAAAAUAAAUCGAAACUAAAAACAAGUAUAAUUUAAUGCAACAAUAAUAACCGAAUCAAAUAUAUCACUGAAAUAAAUCACUCGUUUAUUUGUUUUAUAUGUUGGUAUAAAGAGAUACACCAAGAUUUGGAUUAUAUAAUAUAUUUCUUUUUACUUUUUUGAGCACCUAAAUAAUUGCCACUCUGUCUCUUAUAAUAUAAAGAAUAGUUCACAAUCAGUUUUAAAUCUCAUGCUUUCUUUACUCUUUCUAAUAAGUAGUAAAAGACUUUAUACCAAAGUAAAAAAUAAACUUCUAUCUAAAUUAAUAUUGAGCCAUAAAAAGUCUCCUAUGCUUGAGUUAUUAUAGUGGCCUAGCCAGACGAAUCCAUAUAAUGACAUUAUCUUAUAUUUAAGUAUUAAUCAUUAUUAUGUUUUAAUUCUUUACGUUAUUUUGUCAAACAUGCGACUCGGGUUGUUUUAUGAAAGUUACAUGUUUAAUCAUUAUGCAGAUGUAUGAGAGAAAUUAAGAGAAAUAUUGUAAAAUAGCAAUUGAAAAGUGAAGCGAUUUCACUGUUAUUCGAAAUGUUUAAAAUCAAAAUUACUACGUUGUCUAAAAUAUAUCCACUUGUUCUGCCAAAUGCGCAGUGUAAUUUCAUAGACAAAUCUCAGAGUUUGCAUGUUAAAGAUUUUUAUAUUGUAACAUAAUUAUAUUUAGGGUGAGGAUACAUUGAGCCAGAGGCGACAUGGAGGACUACCACAACAUCUUAAAGCAAUAUUGUAACAAAUUGUGGAAAAGAGACGACGAUGUCCUGUGACAUGCCGUCUCGCUCUGACACAGCAAUUAUAAAUUACUCUAUGAGGCAGUGGACAGCCCUCUAUCUAGUACACUUCCAGUUAUUGACUCGGUAACGUGUAACACAUGACCUCGCCCGUAAAACUAUUAUUUUGAUCUCAUUACUGCUAACUGAUUGAUUCAUUUGGCACUUUUCUUUAUAACAAUGAUGAGACUAAAAAUUAUUAUUAUUUAUUUUCCAAAUGUGCUUAUAAGCAACAUACGUCAUCGACGAUUGUAAUGUAUUAUUUGUAAAUUAAUCAUCACAAACUGUUUUGUCCAUGUCAAAUGGACAAACAGACUUUAUAUUAGUUUAAUGGAAAGUUCAUUUAAGUUGAAUAAAUUAGUACAAAAAUAUCCUACA